CCCUGCGACAGCGCCUCGAUCGAAGCGGCAGCCCCGUCAUCAAGAUGGAGGACCAGGACGCCGGCCUGCACGACAUGGCCGCGCAGCAGGCCGCGGCCGAGCGGUUCCAGCCAGGCCUCGAGGGCCCGUUUGUCGGCGAAAAGACGCCGAGCGACGCCAUCACCCAGGAGUACGCCAAAGCCGACCCGGUAUACGUCGAAAAGACCAUUGCUCUGCCCCAGACAUACUCCCACUAUCGCCAGAUCAAGGGUGAUGGAAACUGCGGAUGGCGCGCCAUCGCAUUCGCCUACUACGAGAAGCUCAUCGACCUCGGAGACCAAGCCCGGAUCGAAGGCGAGGUGGCCCGCCUCAUGAGCCUCGGCUCCAUGCUCUCCAACAUUGGCCGCUACGAAUACCACGAAGACUUUGCCGAAGAGGCUCACGGCUUGCUGCGAGAUGUUGCUGCCAACAUUGCAAACCCGGGCCUGGCUCGAGUCAUCUUGCUCCAGCGUUUCAACGACAACACCGUCGAGGCAAACAUCAUCUACUACUUCCGCAUGCUGGCCGCCACCUAUCUCAAGGGAAAUGCAGCCAUCUACGACCCCUUUGUUGCCGACCAUGGAGGAAUUGCGGCAUACUGCUCGCAGGCGAUUGACAUUGUCAACCGUGAGAUUGAGCACCUGGGCAUCGUUGGCUUGGCCAACCUGCUGCUCAAGCCAAUCGACUUCGUCUUGGAGGUUGCUUACCUGGACCGCAGCCCCGGCAGCCAAGUUAAUCGCUAUCGCUUCCCGGAAGAGGCCAACGAGCAGGACCCGGCAGCUCUUGGGCCUACGAUAUAUCUGCUCUAUCGCCCCGACCACUACGACAUCCUGUACCGCACGCCACCCGUCCAGGCUCCGUCGACUCUCGCUUCCAAUGCUGCUGAUGUACAGGUAAACCGAGUCUCUAGCCUGACUAACAAUCUUGCCAUCCAUGCGGUUCCUGGCGGCGAGGCGGGCUUCCCGGGAGCCAACAUGGAUAUCCUUUCCAUGCUACCUGGCUUCGGCAUGAACUCGCUGGGUCCAAUGACUUCCAUGCCCGAAAUAUCGCCCAUGACGCCGCCCAUGGCCAGUCCUGUUGACGACCGUUAUAUAUCGUCGCAACAGCAACCUUCGUGGGCGACGCCGUUUCCCGAGCCCGUGCCCUCUCAGGUUGCACAGCAGCAACCGCCACCCUCAUUCCCCCCUGUAGUCUCGCCAGCUCCAAUGACUCCCAGCACCUCCAUGACUCCCAGCCCGACAAUGAUGAACGCCACAAGUAUCAGGAGCAACAGCAGCAGCAGCAGCCACCUCCCUGGGCUUGUUUCGAAUGUGCGGCCGGCGGAUCACACUCCUGGGAGCACUACUUUUAAGAACAGCGUGUGGAACAAGGCGCACUAUGGCAACCCCGAUUUCCACCCAGAAGAAUACGUUCCGGAUGACGACCACUCGGACGGCCGUGGCAGCGGACGAAAACGGCGGAAGGAUUCAUGAGAUUUUUGUGACACGCGCACUACUCACACCCGUUGAUGGGAUUCAAGAGCUCAGCUUUGAGCUUUUUCAUUUGAUCUCGGCCAUUGCCAGGCAAGUUGAAAACAAUAUUUGCCAAGAUCGAACUGGUUCAGCAGAACGAAGUAAGAAAGACAGAUACAGCAUAAGAUGGUCGAUAUAAGUAAAGCGAAAGGCUCUUGAUCGCUUCCAGCUACAUGGGUGGAGAAGAUUACUUUUUUUUUCUUUCUUUUUCUUGCGAGGAUUGAUAUGCUUCUUUGCAUCAUUUGGCAGGCAUGGCAUGCUUCUUUUUGUUGCGGGACCCAGCUUUGUCUGCUUACCGCACUUUUCUUAAUGAUGGAAUGCUUGGAUGAAGUUGAGAUGAAACUACCUAUGGAUGGCAUGGGUGAGAGAGGGAGAGGGGAGUGAAGCGAGGCUGAUUCAAAGUCCAGCCUGGGGGAAGAUUCGCAGGGCAACCGAGCCCAUUAUUUGUACCAGCGUUAUUUGGCUUUUGCUGCCCCGUUCUCUUUUUUUUUUUUCUUGUCCCCGAGGCAAUCAUGGAGGGUAUGUCAAGGCGGUGGCGAUAUGGCGGAGGUUUAAGAUUCUUGUUAUAUUAUGAUACGUCAUAGCAUCGGCGUUUUUGGGAGACCAGGUCGGAGGAAACUACUAAAUGCAAUCACUGCUUGUUCUAUCCUCUGCUCCGCGCUUAUGCUUUUGAUUCUUCCUGUUGGU